GGGGCGGCCGGGGCUGCGGGGUGCGGUGCGGUGCGGUGCGGUGCGGUGCAGUGUGCGCACCUCCGGGCUUAGGCCCCGGCGUGCAGCCACCGCUCUCCAGUUCUUUUGCAGCCGCGGGGCUACUCGCGGCGCUUGGGCCAGGGGACCCCUUCCCGGGGGCCCUGUGGAGGCCACGCGGCCAGGCCCCGUGAGGCUCUGUGGGUGGUUUUGCUGGAGUCAGGGGAAACUGAAAGUUGUUCUGCGAAGGGACUGACCUUUGUGCUGUAAUUCUCACCUGGAAGGGUUGAACGUGCCCGGUGCAGCACUUGGGCAGGGAUGGCCGGCCGGAGCCAGGACCGGAGCCUGCGGGAGGAGCUGACGUGUGCCAUCUGCUGCGAGCUCUUCAGCGAGCCGGUCAUGCUGGACUGCAUGCACCACUUCUGCAGGGCCUGCAUCCAGCGCUACUGGGAGAGCUGUGCCGGCGUGCCCUCCUGCCCGCAGUGCCGCCGGCCGUGCCCCAGCCGGGCCUUCCGCACGCACUACCUGCUCUCGGGGCUGGUGGAGAAGGUGCGGCGCUGCAGCUCUGCUGAGCACCAGCACAGGAUGCAGAAGCGCCUGGAAGAUGCUUUGCAAGCUCGCCGGAAGGAGAUGGAGAAUUUCUCUCAGAGGAAGCAUGCGGCACAGAGAGAUAUCUGUGGCCUAAUGAAGGUGUCUGGGGAGCUGAACUUCAAGAUCCGAGCAGAGUUUUCCCACCUUCGUAAGAUCCUGGAGGAAGAGGAGAGAGCUGUGCUGGCAGAGCUGGGUGAAAAGAAAGAGCAGGCACUGGCAAGACUGCGCGGGGAUGUCUGCCGGCUGGAGGAGGGAAUGUCGGUGCUGCAGAGGGACAUAGAGCACAUCGAGCAGACCCUGAGCAACAUGGAAGAGGUGUCAUUGCUGGAGGUGGAGAGCCUGGAUAUCAGGCCCUUGGUGCGUGUUGAGACCCAGCCUGCUUUCGACCUGCAGCACUAUGGGGACAGACACAGCGGCCCCUUGCAGUACAUCUUCUGGAGACAGAUGCUGCGGUCCAUCCAGCCCGCUCCUGCCCCACUCACCUUCGACCCUGAGUCAGCCCACCCCAACCUGAUCUUCUCCAGAGACCUGACAGCUGUGACAGAGAGGAGCCAAGCCCAGCCUGUCCCCUGCAGCCCACGGCGCUUCCGACAGUGUGUCAACGUCCUGGGCUCGCAGAUGUUUGCCAGUGGCCAGCACUACUGGGAGGUCUGGGUGGGCAGCAAAACCAAGUGGGACCUGGGAGUGGCUGCUGAGGCUGUGGACCGGGCAGCAAAGGUCAAGCUGUGCCCUGAGAAUGGCUACUGGACACUUCGCCUGCGGAACAGGACGGAGUACUGGGCCACCAGCACCCCCUGGGUGCGCCUGACCCCCUGCCGGCCCCUCCGCAAGGUCGGCGUGUUCCUGGACUGCCAGGAGGGCACUGUCACCUUCUUCAACGCUGGGGACAUGUCUCACCUCUUCACCUUUCAUCAAGUCUCUGCGGAGAGAUACUGCCCCUUGUUCAGCACCUGCUUCAGUGACGGGGGGGACAAUGUGGAGCCCAUGCGCCUCUGCCACCUGGCCCUGUGAGGGAUGAGGGGGAUGGGGAGUGCUUCGGGGACCCCAGCGUGGCUCCUUGCCUCUCAGCUUGCCUCCCAGGCUGUGCUUGAGGCCAUUCUGCACACAUGACCCAUGCUGCUGGGGUGGAGGGGAUGUUUUUGUUUCAGUUAUGGGAGGAAGGAGGGGUAUAAGUGUCUUCCCAGCUCCUCUCUGCCACCUUGUCUCUGUGCCAUGGGCUGCGGAUGCCUCACUGUAUUCCUGUAGGUGCCUGACACCCUCUUGAGGAUCAGCCACCUUUCCCUGUUCAGUGACUGUGGCCCUGGGGCUGCAGCAGAGGUGGCUACAGGCACUGUGCACCUUCUGUCCCUCUUUGCUUCCACUCACCGAGCCCGGGCAGAGAGCAGGGGCCUGGAGCACUGUCAGGGGCCUCUCGAUGCUCAGUUACAUGUGACCUGGGCUCCCUUUGCUCUGAGAGCAGCCCGGGGCCGCGCUGCGGGCGGGCAGCAGAGGGAGCUCCGUGCACGGCCGGGACCCACCGCUGCCUCCCUUCUGAUCAUUCACGAAUAAAGCUCCUUGGAAACGCUA